AUAAAAUAAGAGAUUUUGCGGUGCUUUCUCCUCCGCACCCAAUUUUUCCGGCGAUUGGGGUUUUGCUUACUCUCAUCAUCAUCCUAGGCUUCCAUUCCCAAAAUGGACCCAAUCAAGAAGCGCAAAAUCGAAAACAACGGAGCGGCGGAGAUGGAUGCCGGCGUCUUCAGCUCCCUCGUUCUCACAUCUGACGACGCCCGCAAAAUCAUCGAGCCUUUCACCCGCGAGCAGCUUCAGGAGAUUGUUCAGACUGCAGUCCUACGCCACCCGGACGUCCUGGACGCCGUCCGAUCGUUCGCCGAUCGUGACGUCGCUCAGAGAAAGCUCUUCAUCCGCGGCCUCGGCUGGGAAACCACCACCGAGAAGCUCCGGGCUCUUUUUUCACCCUACGGCGAGCUGGACGAGGCCGUGGUCAUCCUGGAUAAGGUCACCGGAAAGUCGAAAGGGUUUGGAUUCAUCACUUUCAAACACGUGGACGGUGCCAUCAUGGCUCUGAAGGAGCCGAGCAAGCAAAUUGAUGGGCGGAUGACGGUCACGCAGCUUGCUGCAGCUGGGAAUUCGGGUGGUGGCGGGUCUGGGACGGGUGGUGCCGUUGGUGGUGUGAACGGUUCAGUGGAUGUGUCCACAAGGAAAAUUUAUGUAUCCAAUGUGCCGUAUGAUAUGCCCUCCGAGAGGCUUCUUCAGCAUUUUUCUAUGUACGGGGAGAUUGAGGAGGGGCCGUUGGGGUUCGACAAGGCCACAGGGAAGUCCAAGGGGUUCGCACUUUUUGUCUAUAAAACUGCUGAGGGCGCUAGGGCAUCAUUGGUGGAUCCUGUGAAGAAUAUUGACGGCCACCAGUUGAACUGUAAGCUCGCAGUUGAUGGUAAAAAGGGGAAGCCUCCUGGGGCUGGAGCUGUGGGGCCCAUUGGGGCCCAUGGGGUUAAUCAGGGGAAUGGGGAAGGAAAUACGGCUGCAAUGCCUGGCGGACAGUAUAGUGGUCCAGGUGGGAUUGGUGGGCAUUAUGGUGGUUUAGGUGGACAAGGAUUAUCAGCCACUGGAAAUCAAGUAGCAGGAUCCAAUUUAGGGGCUGGUGGUGGUUUUGGUUCUGGAAUGGGUGGGCCUUAUGGUGGUGCUUCUCAUUUUGGUGGGCCUAUGGGGGCUGCGUAUGGCGGAUUAGGUGGUAGUGCAAGUGGUGGGUAUGCUGGGGUUGGGGCUGGAUUUAGUGGUGCUGGCCGUGGAUCAUCUUUGUAUGGUUUGCCACCUAGCCCAGCUGAGAUGGGUUCUGGUGAUUAUCCACAGGGUGCAAAUUACAAUUUAACUUCUGGUGGGUAUCCAGGCCUUCAUAAGCAACCAAGAGUUCAACCUGGGGGGCCUUACCAGGGCAUGCCCCCAUACUACUGAUUGUAUAAUUGUAUCAUAUUGGAUGAGUUCUCUUAUUUUAAAUUCAGUUUUGCUGGUUUGAUGUUGGAAUGAUUUGAGUUGUGAAUGGGUGUUUGGUUCAGGUCUAUUACAAGCUUGCAAUGUGAACUCUGGCUUGAUGAUUUAGAUUUGCUGUGUAUUUGGCCUGUUCUUCACUUCAUCUGCGCCUUAUGAUGUGACUUCUCUAAUUGAUCAUAAUUAAAGUGAGGUAGACAACUUUUCUGGAAAUGUUAGGGUGAGUGGGAACAAGGACAUGGCUGUAAUCAUUGCUGGACAUGUGUGCCUCUCCAGUCUUUUCGUUUAUGAAAACAAUUUUAUGUCUGUUAUCGUUACAGUCUGUUAAGUUUACAGUAAAGUGCUUUGACACUGUAUAUUUUCUUUUGUGUGUUGGUGCUUCUGUUGUUUCUUCAUGUUGAUAUUUCGUCUUUAGUAGUUUGGCACCAAGUUGAUUGAUGAGUUUUUUGUAUAAUUAGCAUAAACUCUUGUGGAAACAUGUUAUGGGUUUGAGGUACUGGGUAAUAAGUUCCAUCAGUGAUUUUGGUUCAAAUUAACAAUCACUGUUCUGUAAGUUGGUUGUUUUUUGUCUUGUGCUUUUGGGUUUCUUCAUACUAUUGAAUACUAUUGUGUAUGUGUAUUUGCUUGAUAAAAUAGACAUGAUUCCUUUCUAAGUGAUUAUUUUUAGAUUAAUAAGAUCAUUUCUUGCACGGACAAAUCUUAUGUUUUAUGAAAAUGUAUCAGCAAAGCUUGAUUGUGCAUUUAAUUUGAAGUUGAUAUAAGUUAUGUUCUUCACAUAGUCAAUUUAUCUUGGAAAUGAGAGAUUUCUUACAUUGAGUAUUAAGGUACUGUUUUGGAUUUUUUCAUUCUCAUUCCUAAAUUUCCAUAGUUUAAACUAAAUGUAAGUUUUCAUUUAGUCAUUUUGUUUGAACACACUACGUUCGUGGGGCCAGGACUUCUGUUGGGAUUCGCUCACAGAAUUUGUUCACAAAGGGUGCUCUCUGCCACCAUUUUUCUGGUCUUGAAGAAUUCACAUUUAACACAGUUUGUAUCACUGUGUCAAAAUUUGUUUAUAUAUCGUAACGUUUCUUGAUUGGAAAUUAACCCUACCUCUUGGGCAUGCAUAUGUUAUAUUUAAAUCAGUUAUUUCAUUUUGUAGCACAUACACCUGUCUAUAUGUGUGUGCGUGCGUGUGUGUAGUGAAAGUAGUAAAACCAAAGAUUUAGGUUGAAAGAGUAUAGAAUCUGGGAUGCCUUUUUAUACAAGUUGUUAGAUUGGAAACUCCAAUAUUCCAUAAUGACCUCGGAAAGGUCUGAGCAGUGAAAGCCUAGACUGUUGCAUGGGCGGAUUAGGACAUUUGAUUGAUUCAAUCUGGAAAUUGAGUCUUAUGAAUCAUUUUUUUUUUUUAUUAUCUUAGUACAUGAAAAAUGUGUAGGAAUGUCGUAAUAGUAUUGAAGGUUCAUGCGUGCCUUUAUGUUAUUAUGAAAUUAUUGCAUGGAUGGCGCUUGUCCUGCUCGCAUAAGUGCUAAUUUAUCGCUAAAUGUCAUUUCUAUCAAAUUUAUGGUUAUAAUUUUGUUAGUUUAUACAUAAUACGCAUUAAUGUUUCCUUUUGCCGUGAUGGAACUUAAGCUUCUUAGUGUAUGUGCCGUAAUAAUGCUAAAAGUUACUGAGAUUCAAUUGGAAUAGGGUAAUUGCCUCUCUCCGAAAUAAAGGAAAACAACAACAUAGUGAUUAUCUUAGAUUUCAAUAGAGUGGUAUUGUAUCUUAACUUUUAGUGGAUUUGAAGAUCAACUUAAAUUGGAAAGCUUAUAGAUGUGUUCAAUCCUUCGAUUCAAAUGAAACCUUAAGAUUUUUGACAUCUAAGUGAUUGGCCAGUGUUCGACCGAUUUGAGUAUUUUUCUUUUAGAUGUUCAUCUAUUCUCUUGCAGUAAUUGUGGUGUUCAUCUAUCUUCUUGCACGCGUCUUAAACGCUUCAUCCAAAUUAAUUGAUUUUGGGUGGUUUGUCUUGUGUGGUGAAGGCUAUUUAAGGUAGAAUUUGAACUUCAAAUCCCUAUUUAUGUCACUCCUUGUUAUUUUGCAUACUUGGUAUUCUGCCUGUGAGCUUGUCCAUGCAGCAAAAACACAAUUUAGCUGGAGAUUCUAGUGAUCUGCAAAACUAAUUGAAGCUGUGAAUGGCUUGGGACAUCACGUCUGGAUGUGACAUUUUUUUUUUUUUUUUU